AUGUGGAAGGGCAAGUUUGAGGAGACUUCUUUCAUCUUUCCCAAUGCACCUGAGAUCCCCAUCUCUGUGAUGUCUUUCGACGACAUUCAGCAACACGAAGAUGAGGCUGGUAUCACCCGCUCGCAAAAUUACAUCCACUCUUUGAUCGCCAAGGAAAUUGAGAAGGGCAUUCCUUCCGAGCGCAUCGUCCUCGGUGGUUUCUCUCAGGGUGGUGCUAUGAGUCUUAUGUCGGGUGUCACUGCUCCUACACGCCUGGGUGGUAUCUUCGGUCUCAGUUGCUACCUGCUGCUCCGUGGCAAGCUCAGAGACAUGAUCCCCAGCGAAAACCCGAACAAGCAAACACCGAUCUUCAUGGGCCACGGAGACGCCGAUCCGGUUGUUCGUUACGAAUGGGGCCAGGCCACUGCUAAGACUCUUCAAGAAUGGGGCUGGAAUGUCGAUUUCAAGACGUACAAGGGUCUUCCUCACUCCGCUGCCCCACAAGAGAUCAACGAUCUGGAGCGCUACAUCAAGGAGAGAGUCCCAGAUCUCGGCGACAAGCCUCUUCCUUCCAAGGCCUGA